AUGAAGAACAUGUCUUCUUCCCUCCCGCUUCUCGCUGUUUCUACCCUUCUUUUGCUAUCUAUUUUCAACCCCUCUAUGAUGGUCAUGGCAGAAGAGAAUAGUAGCAGCAACGAUAAGUUUGUCCGUGAUACUUGCAACAGAUUUCAAUAUGAUGAAUUGUAUAAGCUUUGUUUUUCCGUGAUUGAUUCAGAUCCUCGUGAAGAUUUGAAGUCAAAUUUGACAGAACUCCGGCGUCAUCUUCCGUCGGAUCCCAGUCGUAGAAUCCUCUCUGGCCUCCACCCUCCGAUCUCAGAGGCGGCCAUUAAAUUGAAUCACUCAUAUUACAUUCGUGUAACCCCUGGUACUUACCGUGGACAUCUUGAAAUUCCACCGACCAAGAAAUUCAUUGCUUUAAUUGGCGAUAAUGCCCUCACAACCAUUAUCGUCGACAAUAGAAGCCAUGGCAGUGGAUUCAAGACUUUUGACUCUGCAACUUUAGUGGUCAAGGGUGACAAUUUCAUGGCCCAACAUUUAAGUUUUGAGAAUUCUGCAGGACCUCAAAACGGCCAAGCAGUUGCUGUCCUUGACUACGCGAACCACACUGUUUAUUACGAUUGUAGAUUUUUAAGUUUUCAAGAUACCCUAUAUUCAAGGGGACAAUGCCAAUUCUUUAGGGAGUGCGACGUCUACGGAACUGUAGACUUCAUUUUUGGAGAUGGACUUGCUGUUUUUCAAGACAGUAACAUAUAUGCUCGGUUACCGAUGGAUGAAAUCACUGUCACCGCACAGUCCAAGGAUCAAUCGUGGUUGAAAAGCGGCUUCUCCUUUCAGAACUGUACCGUCACAGUUUCUCCGGAAAUAGCUUCCAGCAAGGCCAAAGCUAAAAUCUAUCUUGGUCGGCCAUGGAGACAAUAUUCAACUGUCGUGUUCAUGGAGUCAUUUUUGGAUGACAAUGUGCAACCUGCAGGAUGGGAAUUGUGGAAAGGGGUACCGAUAAACAACCUCUUUUAUGUUGAGUUCAAUAAUCGAGGUCCUGGUGCCGACACAACACACCGAGUUAAUUGGCCAACUUUUUAUGUACUCAAUAAACAGUUAGCGAAAAAUUUUACUGUAGAAAAUUUUAUCAACGGGUCAGAUUGGUUGCCUGAAACACAUGUACCCUUCAGAACUGGACUAAAUGGUUAA